ACCCCGAAACAGUAGGUGGCGGUAGUGCACCUAUUAAUCUCGCCAACGUUAAAAACCAAAAGAAGGAAGGAGAAGAAAGAGGAGGAAGAAAAGACGGAUAAUAGAUUUGACUCGAUAUAACGUCUAUUUAAUUGGAAAUAGUUCUGUUUCGUCGUCUUUUUAUUUUUUUAUUUUUAAAGACCCCAUUAGCUAGCAUGUUUGAGUUGUUUUGUAUGCUAGGCGUGCUAGCUGGGUGUUUAUUUUAGUUUCGGUUUGCAUGAGGUUGUUGUGCAGCAGCUUCGUGGUUCUGUAAACAACAGUGUGUAUAAUCUAUGUAAUGUGAAUGUAUGAUCAGGAAAGAUGUCAGGCGGGAUGUCCUUGAAAACAAAGAUAUUCUGGAGCUUUGCAGCUUUUUUGAUUAUAAGUAGUUCGCUUGUUUGCGGGAAUGAUCAGGUUGAUGAUGAAUGGAUCGAUCCAUACGACAUGCUCAACUACGACUCGACUUCCAAAAGCAUGAGAAAACCAAUAGAAGGCUCUAUCUACAGUAAUGUACCCACUAAAAGAAGGGAAUACAGUCAGGAUGCAUGUCGGGUGACUCAGUGUCCAGAUGUGAAGGAAUGCACUGACCGAGUGAACAUGCUGCAACGGCAGCUCAACGAGCACCGGCAGAGGGUGACGUUUUCCUCGCAACAGCCGUCGUGCAACCCUGUGUUCAAGCGCUUCUUAGCAAAGCUUCUGAAAGAAAUUUCUAAACUUUCCUUGCCCAAUGCCGUGACUGCUGAGAUGCACUACGAUGCUGAGGUAAAAUUUUCCAAGCAAAUGCUGGCGGAAAUCCAGAAGCUUGUGAAUGAAGAUAGCAGCUGGAGAACCGGCGCUCUAGAUGAUGCGCUAAGUAACAUUCUUAUCAACUUUAAACACCACGACCACGAGGCCUGGAGGUGGCGCUUCGAAGACACGUUUGGGGUCGAACCCGACACAGUUAUCAAGGUCUCUGGCGUUGUCUUGAUCAUCGUGGCAAUAAUUUGCACUGAGAUGUGGUCGGUGGUGUCCUGGUUUGUCCAGUUUAAGAGAAUGUUUGCCAUAUGCUUCUUCGUCAGUCUGUUGUGGAACUGGUUCUAUCUCUACAAGAUUGCCUUUGCUGAACACCAGGCCAACGUUGUAAAGAUGGAGAACGUCAAUGAUAAAUGCACUGGAAUGAAGAAAAUUGACUGGAAGGACAAUAUCAAAGAGUGGUUUCGGACAACUUGGACUCUUCAGGACGACCCUUGUAAACAAUACUAUGAGACCCUGAUUGUGAAUCCGAUCCUACUCGUGUCGCCAAACAAGGCCGUCAUUAUGACCCUGACCACCUUCUUUACAGACCCUUUGAAGCACUUGGGACAAGGCAUUAGUGAAUUUCUCAGGGCCUUACUGAAAGACCUGCCUGUUACGCUUCAGAUACCUGUUCUUCUUCUAAUCGCGCUCGCCAUCGUGGUCUUUACGUACAGCACUGGCCAAGCAGCUGUACACCAUGCUGUUCUUGGACCUGUUCGAGGAGGUCGUCAAGAUCCUCCACCCGGCAUUGUACAGCAGCCUUCUGCUCCUCUUAAACAGGUUCAAGAACACCAAGAAGAAGCAAUGGAACCGUUAGCAGGAGGCAAUGACAACAAUGCCGCACAACCCAGACAAGAGGGCAACCAGGUCAAACCUGUGAGGAACCAGGCUCAUCUCAACGAUAAGCAGCCUGAAAUUCGCCAGAGGAGACCCUACAGGAGACAAGAGCAGCAGAGGGCGUGGGUGGAAACCCUACGUAACGCAGACAACUUUUACAGUGGGGAUGAGAUGGACACUCUACAGGAAGCAGUAGUCGAGGACCAGGCUGAGAAUGUGGAGGAAGAACCUCCAAAUCUUGAUAAAGAAACAGUAAUGAAGGCAUCUGCACCCAACACAGAAAUGAAAAACACUCAACCUGGAUCUAAGGAGCUCAGUCAAACCUGUAACACUAAAGAUAAUAAAACCUCAGAAAAUAAUAAACGGAAUGAGGAACAGGGUUCAGCAAGCAAAGGAGGAAAUGCAGCAAAAAAAAGAGAAUGUGUUGAAAAUAUUGGCACUUCAUUUAAGAAAAAUAUGCAGUAAUCAUUUAAUAUAUACAUCAAAAAUGUGUUAUUUUAUAUAGUAUUGUUUAACUGAUGUUUUAAAAUGAAUAAAUAUUUGUAUGAAA